AUGGCGACCAAUGCUGCGACCGGCCCUGGUGGAAUGCUCAACCGUUCUACCGGCAUAGAGGAUGAACUUCGCGCUAUAACACCAGAUUCCAGCGAGUAUGAAAAGGAUUACAACCCUGAUUCAAUGUCGCUCACGUCAAGUGUUACCGACUAUCCCGUGGAAAAUGGCAGGAGAUAUCAUCGAUAUCAUGAAGGAACAUACCUUUACCCCAACGAUGAAACGGAACUGGACAGAUUGGAUAUGCAAUAUGAAUUAAUAAGAUUGAUAAACGAAGGGAGAAUAUUCUUUGCGCCUUUAAAUAACCCUGAACGGCUUCUUGAUAUUGGCACAGGCUCGGCUGAAAUGUUUCCUGAGGCUGAAAUCAUUGGCACCGAUUUAUCCCCUGUCCAGCCGGGUCAAGUGCCACCGAAUGUUCAAUUCUACGUCGACGACGCCUCAGAAUCAGACUGGCUAUGGCCCAAAGACCAUUUUGACUAUAUCCGCUCAUCAAUGCUCCUCGGUGCUCUUGACUCCUACCCAUCCCUCAUAAAAACAGCGCUCACCUAUAUAAAACCCGGCGGCUACAUGGAAUGCCACGAAUGGGACAUAUCCCUGUACUGUGACGACGACACGUUACCUCCGCAACAAGACGAUUUUCGGAGUGCACACGCUUUCCAGAACUGGCUUCAAUAUUGCCGUCUGUCCACAGGCAACUUGGAUAGACCCGUCUUUGUUGCACACCAAAUUGCCAAUUGGAUGAAAGAAGCAGGGUUUGAGGAUGUCCAAGAACGCAUUUCUAAAGUUCCAUUGAACCCCUGGCCCAAGGACCCGCACUUGAAGCGUCUUGGUGCGUGGAGCGAAAGAAACUGGCUCGAUGGAAUUGCAGCAUUCUCCUAUGCGCCCUUUGGUGCAAGGGGGCUAGGAUGGACCCAAGAAGAGAUUGAAGUUUUCCUGGUGGAUGUGAGGAAAAGCAUCCAGGACCGCAAAGUGCAUGCGUACCAACGGUUUCAUGUCGUGACCGGUAACUGA